AUGCCCAUUCAAGAUAUCGAGGCUUUUGACUUUACGACUGUUAUCUUUGAGAAAUACGACAGCUUGUUCGACCGAUUGGGUGUUAUUGACAGGGAGAUGGCAAAGCUGGGUCACCUCCUGAAAGAACGGGUUCCCAUCUUCGAGCGAAAAUCAAACAACACGCAGGGCCAGAGCAAUAAUCAGACGGCAUCUGCGGCGACGUCUUCUGCACAAAUUUCGCCAUGGCCAGCAAGUGGUCCCGCCAUGGCAACAUCCAUGGAGAUGCCACCGCCGCCCCUGCCAUCGCCAAGUCAACAGGGAGCCGCGCCGCCUGCGACCGCCGCGGACGAGCGGGUAGGGCAACUCUUCAAAAAAGCGAGGGACACGUACCUGCGCAACGUGGAGAUUAUGGACGCAAAAACACGCAGCAGUGCUAAGAUGAUGGAAGAAGACGAGGAUGGGCAGGAGGAGACGACAAACUCGUAUGCGUACAGGAGUUCCUUUUUGGAAAUAGAGAGACGGCGCCUUGUAAAGUUCUGGACGGAGAGAAUUGAGCUUCUGGAUAAGCUCACCGACGUUGAGAAGGAAUUGGCAGAUGCGAGAGACAAUGGGCUGAUGCCCUGGGCGAAGGCUUCUUGA